AUGGAAUCAGUAAACCAGACAGAAAUAUCACAGUUUCUCCUCCUGGGACUCUCUGAGGAUCCAGACAAGCAACUCCUUCUCUUUGGCAUGUUUCUGUCCAUGUAUCUGGUCACCGUGCUUGGGAAUUUCCUCAUCAUAUUGGCCAGCAUCUCUGAUCCCCACCUCCACACUCCCAUGUACUUCUUCCUCUCAAACUUGUCAUUUACAGACAUUUGCUUCACUACCACAACCAUCCCCAAAAUGCUGGUGAAUAUCCAGGCCCAGAGCAAAGCUAUUUCCUACAUUGGCUGCCUCACACAGGUCUACUUUUACAUGUUAUUUGCGAUAUUAGAUAAUUUUCUCCUGACAGUGAUGGCCUAUGACCGCUAUGUGGCUAUCUGCCAUCCCCUACACUACACAGUCAUCAUGAAUCCCCGCCUCUGUGCCUAUCUGGUUCUUAUGUGUUGGUUCGUCAUUUUGUGGGUUGCCCUGCUUCAUAUUCUCCUGAUGGCACAGUUGACCUUCUGUGUGGGCACUGAAAUCCCACAUUUCUUCUGUGAAUUGGCUCAGGUGCUCAAGGUGGCAUGCUCAGACAUCCUGAUCAACAGCAUUGUCUUGUAUGUGUUCACUGCACUACUGGGGAUGAUUCCUCUUGGUGGAAUUCUCUACUCUUAUUCUAAGAUUGUUACUUCCUUAAUGCACAUGUCCUCUAGUAACAGCAAGUACAAAGCAUUCUCCACAUGUGGCUCUCACCUCUCUGUGGUGUCUUUGUUCUAUGGCACAGGCCUGGGUGUCUACCUGAGUUCUGCUUCCACUCAUGUUUCUGAACAAAGUGCAAUUGCUACUGUAAUGUACACAGUGGUCACCCCCAUGCUGAACCCUUUCAUCUAUAGCCUGAGGAACAAGGAUGUCAAGGGGGCACUGAGAAGACUCCUCAGCCGGGCUCUCUUUUGUCAGUGA